AUGACGUUCCACUCAGAGAUUUCGUUCCAAAGAGGCGAUGAGGUUGAAGUCUGCAGCAAAGUUCCAGGGUUCCUAGGCUCUUACUUUGAAGCAACCAUAGUAGCAAAAAAGGGCAGCAACUAUAUGGUUCAGUACAAGAACCUGGUGGAGGAAUAUGACGAGUCUGUACCUUUGAAAGAGACUGUUAUGGCAGAUGAGGUAAGGCCUAUGCCGCCGGAAGUUACCGAGGCUAGUGAGUUUCAUAUUGGCAACAGGGUUGAUGCUAACGACCUCGAUGGGUGGUGGGUUGGUACAAUUUCUACUGAGAAAAAUGUGUAUGGUUUUCACUAUGUGUUUUUCGAAACCACCGGGGAAGAGACUGCUUAUCCACUCUGGAAGCUGAGAGUUCAUCAAGCGUGGCGCAAUGGAAAGUGGGAAGUGUCUUCCAAGAAGAGGAAGAGGCUUGCUUUGCUCUUUUAG